CUCUAGGUUGGUCCAAUUUAUUCCGGAAUUUUCCAUGAAAAUUUGCGGUUCGUUGCAACCGAGGUCUGCGGCGUGUAGUGCAGUUUCUUGGAAUUUCGUUUGGCGGGCUGCUUAGGAAUAAUUUGUUAGAGGGUGAAUCGGACGCAGCGAGGAUGGGAGGGACGGUGACCUAUAAAUUCCCUCUGCGUUUGGGUUAGAGCAAGCGUAGAACCAAGCAGUUUGUUUCCGAAUUGUGCCUCUUCGUCCUGUAGGGGUAGGAUCGUGGAAUUAGGAUGGUUCUAUUGGAGUCUGUAACUACCGCAAAGGAUUUAGGCCAGUUGUCUCCAGAGCCUCCUCUUGGUUCUUCUCUUGUUGAGAUGGAUAGGGGCGAGGUAACUCAACUUGUUGGUGAAAGUUUCAAUAGACAGGAGAAGUUAGCUGAACUUCGCUUUAUGGAUAUCAAAAGAGCUAGCCUGGGUCCUGGCGCUGGGAGGGAGAUUAUAAUCCGGCUGCUUCCGGAGCUGCCUUUCCAUGAAAAGGCACGGGUACCCAAAUUAGCUCUACCAUGGCUGGCAUGGCAAGAUCAUUGUUUUGUUCAAGCAUCGCGGAGGAAAUGUUCUACAUUAGGGAGGUGGAGAAGAGCCAGGAGGCAAUCACGCAACAAUCCCCUGCAGCUUAACAUCGAUUUUUUGGUGCUAGCCACGAGCUAUUCGCUAGGCAUAAUAGGUCCGAAGAUGAUUGGGGAUUGUAAUAGGGAAAGGGUUAGAGUGAAGGAUUUUGGUGUUGCAGGAAAAGGGCGCAAGACACACCGAAGAGCUAUUAGCGGCCAGGGACACGCUUCCCUUGUUAAAUCUUGCUUGGUAGCAUCUGAUGCAGUUGAUGCUUUCAGCAGCUACAGGCUGUUGAUGAACUAUGAUGGGGAUUGUAAUAGGAAAAGGGUUAGAGUGAAGGAUUUCGGUGUAGCAGGAAAAGGGCGCAAGGCACACCGAAGAGGAAUUAGGGACAAGAGACAUGUUUCCUUUGUUGAAUCUUACUUGAUAGCAUCUGAUGCAGGUGAUGCUUUCAGCAACUACAGCUACAGGCAUAGAACAAUGUUGAUGAACUAUGAUGGGGAUAGAAGCGAGGACCUGCAAAGUGAGGAGGUUCAGUCAGCAUACAGAAGAGACAGUGACAUUGGUGAGGAAAUGGUAAUAAGUGAGGAGCAAACUGAUGACAAUGAUUGGAGCUGGGUGAAUCAAGGUAAAGAUGGUGAUCCUCUUGCAGAAUCAGUUUCUUCACUUCAUACGACACAACAAGUCCUUGAAAGUGAGAUACAAAAAUUGUCAGAACUUGGCAAAGAACUUGAGGCGGAGGAAUCCACUUCCGGAAACAAAGACCAGGAUGUGAUCGUUUUGCCCUCUGCAGAGGUCGACAUGCUGGAAUUGAAUGAGAAGAUGGAGCACCUUGAGCAGAAACUGAAAGAAGCAUCCAACACCAUCCGGGAGAAGGACCUGAGGCUGUCCAAGCUUCAGAAACUCAUCAGCACCGCAGACAGCCCAGCCCCGGAGGAGGAGGAGGCCACCGCUAGCGUCGACCAGCUGGUGGCGGAGCUGGAGCGCCACCUGCUGGAGAAACUGGAGGCCGAGGUCCAGUGCCUGGUGAUGCUGAAGGCGAGGCAGAGCUGGCAGGUCCGGGCGGAGGACCGCGCCGCCCUGGAGGAGCAAGAGGCGUCUCCCGCCGGCGCGACGAUGCUGCUCAAGCUGCGGGAGACGGAGGGCCGGAUCGUGACGCUGAAGGAGCAGGUGGACAGGCUGGAGGUCCGGGAGAAGGAGCUGCACCGGGCGACGGAGGCCCUGAGGGUGCAGAGCCGGACCUUCAAGGUGUCCCUCUUCGGCCUCGUCCAGCUGGUGAUGCUGUGCUUCUCCCUGAAGGUGUUCUUCGCCCGUGUGCCCGUCCCGUUCGACGAGGUCGUGCCGACAUGAUUUCGGGUUCGACGAGGUGGUGGUGGGUUGCGAUGUCGCUAACGUCUUACCCCUGACGGUACGGUAGUCGGUAGGUGGUGUAGGUGUUCGGUACACUGAAGUGCAGGUUGUGAUGAUGUAGUACGUCAGAAAUUACGCGUGUUCUGUAAGAUAGUACUAGGUCUGUGCAUAAAUUGGGUGAUUAAAAUCCUUUUCCGUUCCUAAAAAAUAGGGUGAUUGACUA